CCCUCCUUUCCCCGUCCGCGACACGAGACGCGAGGGAGCGACCAUUCUCUCUUCUCCGACGGCGACGGUGCCUGCCUCCUCCUCACUCCGCCCACCGCCCCCGCCCCAGCAGCCGCGCCGUCCGCCGCUGGUUCUUCCUCGCCGCCUGGACCUGUUCGUCGAAGCCGUACCAGCCGAGCCGGUCACUCCUCCUCCGACCCCGACGCCGGCUCAUCCCCUGCCGCCGCCGUCGACGCCGCCUCAUCCCCUGCCGCCGCCGUAGACGCCGCCUCAGCUCCUGGUGCCUCUGACCCACAGGCCCUCCCGGCAACCUGCCCUUAUUUACGUUUCUUGUCAGAAAGACAGCGGGUAAAAAUCCGUGAUAUACGUUGUGAUGGCACCAAAUCCAUCAGGUCAGUCCCAAGAAAAGAAGAAAACAAAAGAGAAACAGCCUAUGAAGAUACACUAUGACCUGUUAAACCUAAGGAUGAACCAGGCUGAACAGAAAGUGACUUGUGAGCUUAUGAUGCCAGCAAAGUUACCAGAUUUCUACAACCCUCCCCUUGGUGCUGAUCCGGUUGUCCUCCAUGUGAAACAUCCAACCCAAGACAAGCAUUCUGUUACUUUAAUGAGGGAUUGCUUACAUAAGAACCUUCUGCAUGCAAAACUUGUCAGUGACAAAGAUCCAUAUCUGCUAGUCUUUACUGACCGAUACACAGGAAUGUUAACAGCAUACUUCAAGUCCACCGAACCAUUUGUAGCUAAGUAUGCCGAACCGGGCCGGAUACCAUUCCCGUCCGCUAAGCUUCAAAGUGUUGUGAGUCAAAUGCUUGAUGGUUUGAAGGGACUGUGGCUCUAUGACAAGUACCAUGGAAACUUGAGAUUGGACAACACAUACUACUAUAAGACAAAAGAUGGUGAUGUCGUUGUGAAGUUGGCAAGUUUUAAAUGUCAAGGUACUAAACUUAAAGACCCUGCAAAAAAGGGAAAAGAUAAAACAGAGACUGUUGCACAUUACCAGGCGAAAGAUUUACAAGCAAUGGGCACUGCGCUGGAAGAAAUAUCUCAAAUGGCUAGUGAUUUGAGUGAGAAAGGCUAUCUGUUGAAUUGCAGACAGAUUGACCACCUUGCCGAAAGACUAAAAGAAGUGUCCAAGGGAGAGAUGGGAAGUGCAUAGAUGAACCCGGGUACAUAUGAACUCACUUUAAAAAACACAUUUCUAAAUGCCAAAAAAAUCUAAAAAAGUUUGCACGGAUACAUCUUCAUGUUCUAUGUGCAUGCAUAAAGUUUUACGAAAAAAUAACUUUCUUUGAGCCCUGUGCAAAAAAGACAAAAAAUUGUGUCGUGAAACGCUAUUUAGAAGCACUGAAAUUUGUCUUUUUACGAAGGCAAACCAGAAAGACAUUUUUUCACAAAACUUUAUGCCGUGUGCACACACAUUUGCGAACAUGUAUGCAUACAAUUUUCUGUUAUUUUUUUAACAUUUCAAAACAUGCUUAAAAUACAGUUUUUUAAAAGUGGGUGCAGAUGCCCAUGCGUUCAGAUAGUGCCCACUCGGGGAGAGAUGCAUUAUAUCAUGGAUGAGAUUAGAACUUGUCCCUUUUUUUGGACUCGAGUUGAGCGAAAAGAUUUUUUUUGUUUCUGAAGUCCCCUUGGCUAUGCUCAGCCACUCCAACAGAGCAAAAAUUGAUGCAGAACAGGACGUGUGUACUUUGCCUUGGAACAAUGAUGACUACGAUGGUUUCCUUGACCUGAUGAUUAAGUACCAAGAGAGGAAUAACCUCGGUGCAUAUGAUUUUAACAGCAGGGUCUGUUAUGUGCAGUUUAUUAGUGGUAUUUAUACUCAUGAGGUGGAGUUGAAGAAUCCAACUGCUUCAGUGGAUGUGACUGUCAUUUCAAGGAAUCAUGGUGUUUUUCUGGUACUAUACUCUUUACUGCCACGACCUCCAAGACCCGUUAACCAGGGGUGAUGUUAAGAUGGUAAAGCAUGCAAGACCAGAGAUGCCAGUGACAGUUAGCAGUUCGAGGACCGUGGCUGCCGUAACAAGGCUUAAAGUAACUGCAGUAUGAUGAGUCGUUUUGCUAGUUUCGACUCCUCCAGGACUUACUGAUGAGUGAUGGCUCUAUUGAUUCCUCCAGGACAGCUUCUUCUGCUAGUUUAUGUGAAUCUAAAGAUUACAUGUUGCCACAGAAUCAUUGGUGAAAUUGUUACCAUCUGUAGGUGUUGUUAUGUGGCACCGUUGAGACGUGUUGUUGUUCAUGGUCAUCUAUUUUGAGAUGCUGGCAUGGUGGUAAAUACCAGACUUUUGAUG